AUAAGCAGUCACAUGACACGAUCUCACAUGACAUGUGUUGCUCAGCAAGAUAAAAGUUUCAAAGUUUAAGUUAACAACAACGAAAUUACUUAUAGUGAAAAAAUGGCUUCCAAUUUGGAGAGUUCAAUUAAUAGAGGAUCAGACUUGUUCUUUGACUUUGCUUGCUUCCCCUGUCAGGAAAAUGACAGAAACACUGAGGCUGAUGUUUACUGUGAGGAAUGUUCUAAAUUGUACUGUAACAAAUGUGUGGAGCAUCAUAACUUGCUUUACAAGAAGCAUGCAAUUUUGAGCAAGAAGAACAUCAGCAGAUGGCCUCGGAUUACUGUGGAUGAACAAGAGCAAUGUCAGGAGCACAAGAAAGAAAAACUGACAAUAUUCUGUGAGGACCACAGUCAGUUGAUAUGUCAUGUCUGCCAUGUACACAAUCAUCUGAAAUGCAGUCAUGUUGUACUAAUAGCUGACAAAGUGAAAGACCUCCUUCAAAAAGGAGACUUCAAGCAGUUGUCAGAAAAUGUUGAUACACAACACCGGCAGUUGGUACAAAUAAAAGAUGACUUUGAUGAAAAUAUGAAGUCUCUUGAGAAAUCUUACAAGAAAAUUCUGAAUGAAAUCGAUGCUUUACGAAAGAAAAUUAAUGAUUCAUUGGAUCAACUUGAGAGGAAUACUAAGCAGGCAUUGGAUACAUUGCUGGCCACCAUGAGGACAUCUAUUCAGACUGACAUUGAAAACUGCACUAGGUCUAUUGAAAAUAUAACAUGCUUAAAAGAAGAUUGGUGCGGAAGAAAAGACACAAGUGAAGCACUGAGCUUUAUCAAAUACAGAAAAUGCCAUGACCAGUCCCUUAAGACAGAAGCAGUUUUAAAAGCCAUGACAACAAAAAAUAAGAUGACACUAUCCUUUAAUCCUGACAAAACCAUACAACAUACACUUUCCACCCUCUCAUGGUUGGGACAAAUACUCAGCAAAGUGAAACAAUUACAAACUGCUGAAAUCACAACACAGAAAACAGUCACCAGACAAGAAAUGUCUAAAGCUUGCAACACAGUUUCCAGCUUACAAAUCCAACCAAAUGAUGUGAACCAACCAUCAGUGAUGUGUGAUCCAAAACAAGUCAUCACAGUGAAGAGCAGUAAGAAGUAUUAUGUAAAGAUGAAGAAUGAUUCUUGUGUAUGCUGUAUAUCAGGUAUCUGUGAGACAGCUGCUGGUGAACUCAUCAUCACAGACUUAAUGCACAAUAAAGUGAAGCUGCUGGAUCAGACCUACAAGGUGGUGGACCACUAUGACUUGCCUAGUCAACCAAUAGCCAUGCGCAGUAUUGAUUCCAGUCUGGUGGCUAUUACUGGGUAUUUUAGCUCUGCAGUCCACUUCAUCAGAGUGACCAAUGGUCAGUUGAUAAAGGACAGGAUACUGGAGCUCAAACAUCACUGCAUGGGUAUUGCCCAUCACCAGGGUAAUCUGUACAUUACAGAUGGUAAAGCUCUGUAUCACUACACUGUGGAUGGAAGACUGGUGAGCAAGAUGUAUAAGGGUGCAUCAGGUGGACAGACAGUUACCAGCUGUGGAGUGAGUCCAGAUGGAGCCAGGAUAUAUGUAGCCAAUGAGGCCAGUAAGCAGCUGGUAACUCUGUCCGGGGAUGGUUUAGUGAUCCGCACACUCACUGAUCCUGCACUGGACUGGGGAGGAGGCAAUUCUGGUAUCCAUGUAACAGACUCAGGACAGGUUCUGGUAUGUGGAGGCGAGUCCAACAUAAUCAUCCAGGUGGACAAUGUUGGGAGACAGAGACUGACAGAGGUGGUUACAAAGAAGGAUGGUGUUUUUUACCCGAUUUCUGUCUACUACAGUAAGCACAGAGGCUCACUCAUUGUGGGAAUGAUGGGGAGUAGUGACAUUAUAGUGUUCGAGGCACAAUGACUGUUGAACAAGGAUGAUGUUAAUUUAUAAUAAUUUACACGCUCAUAUGUACAGUUGUCAUUUAAAACACUGUUGCAGCUUAUAUACACUGCAUCACAUAACACACAAUGACUGUUGGAUUACUGGUAGGACAUAUUCAAUAUUCAUGUAUCAAACAUAACACAUUUUUCCAUGAAACCAGUCUUUACCACACGUAUAUCUUUAUGAAAUGUAAAUAAAAAUAUAGUCACAUAACUUAUUUUUUUUUUAUAAAAACUAGGUUUAAAAGGAUUGUUUAAACAUUCCAGAAUUGUCAAUUGAAAUGAUUUUGUUUGAGAUUUUAAUUAACUAUUUUUUAUACAUAUUAUAUUAUGAUAUUGUUUAUGAUGUGCAGCUAUUGUUA